GUGUAUCCUCUACCACAAUCUAGUUCCAAGGGCGGUAUAGUUAUCGAUUAUCACAAUUUCCAUCCAACCGGAUGUUCAGGUUUUACAUCUGUAUACUUUUAUACUGUAUAAAUUGAUUAUUUGUUAAGUAAACAUUAAUAAGACAGAUUAAACGCGGCUGUAAUUCAACCGAAAAACGGUGGUUCGAUGCAUCGAUAAUUGUUCUAUGUAUGUACCAUUUCAGCUUACAUAUAAUAUUUUAUCGCCCUGGCAAAACACGUACAAGACGUCUCAACAUGGUCGAGUGAAUGCCAAACAUCGUGCUUUUGAAAAUAUUUUAGUUUUUUCUUUAAUAAUUAAAACUUGCUAAGAAUUUGGUGCCCGACAAAACAGUACCCGGCACACCCUUUCGAUAUGUGGCAGCUAUAGCAAUAUACAUGACACCGCUUAGAAAAAAAUUAUCACCUGAUACUAUAUAAGCAACUAGUGGACACGAAUGGUGGCACUUGGACACUAUAUUUUCCCCAAUAUUUCUGAGGUACAAUUUUAUAACAUGUGCUUCAUCUCUGUAUAUAAUAAGCAAUUAAACUAAAUACUUGUGGCAUGGACAAAUGCCAACGGGCAAUCUAUACAGCAUGCAGAUAUACCAGGGCAGUAAUUAUUCAGGUUCACGAUUUCACAAAAAAGGACACAUUUUCUAUGAUGGUAUCAAUCUAUUGUAGACACAUACCUAAAAAUUGGAUCGUUAUGAUUUAUUCUGGAAAUUAACGUUUUUAGACCCCGGAAAAAAUACGACGACAACAAGUCCUCCAGAUGAUGGGGCAGGGAAAAACACAGGUAAGGUCCAGCAGACUCUGUGGUACUAGCUUGGUCAGUAUUCACUAUUUGUAUUCAGUAUUAAUUAUAGUAGUAAAUAUAGUAAAUAUUGCUUUUCAAAAAGAAUGAUUCGGCAAAUUUGGUUUCAAAAUCGACGAAAUAUUAAAAAAAGUCGUCCCCAAAAUUAAAACGAAAGAAGCACAACAACAUUUUGUGUUUAAUUUGAAAUUGAAAAGUAGGAACCUUUAAUUACAUUACUGUGUAAAACGUAUUCGCGGACAAUUUAAAAUUUAUUAAAACUGCGAAACAUUCACUUUAAACAAGUAGCAAAACUAUCGCGACUGUUGACUAAAUUUAGCCUUGCCGUGAUAUGAUUGAUAGAUUUGUAACUUUAUUUCGAGCAAUAGUUUAAAGUUUAUUUUACCAAUUUUCUCAUCCAUUUCCUGAACAAAUUAAAGCUAAACAGAAACUUGGAUAAUUGGAGGAGGCAUAAUAUUGAAGUCCUCGCAUGCACAUAAUAUGAUAUCAAUAUAUAUAAUAAUAGGGCUGCUUAUAUGUGUUUCCCGAAUCGUGGGGGGCUGUGGGUGAAACAAAGCAUGCAUUCAUCUAUUGUUUGCGUUGUUUACGUGGAAAUACUUAAUCCGAUUGUGCAUGGGAGUGCAUUGUUUGCGUUGUUUACGCGAAAUUUCUUCCUAUGACUGCACGUAGAUAUAAUUUGUAUUCUUUUAUUGAGUAAACAGUUUUGGUUUUCUUUCAAAAUACAAAAUUUUUCCUCUAAACAUAAAUUACACCGUUAUGUUUAGAAGAACAAUUUUGUAUUUUGAAAGAAAACCAAAAGCCAUUCUUAACUCGAUAAUUCACUUUAAUGCAAGCUGGUAUGCAUGAAAUUGCAGUGAAUGUUAUCGUUCAUUAUAAAGCUAGCGCAUCACGGCAUCACACAUUUUAAAAAUUGGAUCGUUAUGGUUUAUGCUGGAAAUUAACGUUUUUAGACCCCGGAAAAAAUACGACGACAACAAGUCCUCCAGAUGAUGGGGCAGGGAAAAACACAGGUAAGGUCCAGCAGACUCUGUGGUACUAG